AGUACGAGGUGAGUCGGCUUCGCUUUCGGCAGGGCCUUCGCAGCUCUCCACGCCCGCUGUUUCCUGUUUUCCAGACCAAAGGGAAAACGUAACUCGUAGCUAGAGCCCACGGUCCGUCUUCUUCACGUUCCCGCGAGCUUCCCUCGUCAUCCGGCGAACGUUAUUCGCUGAUUUCCUCUUCGACGUCGUUCUUCCUCUCUCCCCCUCCUCAGAGAGUCUCUCUCUAACUGGACACUCUUCUCUUCUUCGAUCGUAUUCGAUAUCUGCCACACUGGUAUCAGUUCAAUUUCAUCCUCCGUCAUCUUCUGUAUCACUCUUCUUCCUUCUUCCGGUGCUCGUUCCUCCGAGUGUGUGCUUCGACGAUUCAUCUCACCGGCGACCAAAAGAAACACAGAGAAAUCUCGACCGCGGGAUGACUCGAAAAAAAUGUGCGUCGUACCGAUGUGGCUGACGAGGCUGGAAUCGAAUUACCGUACCAAACUUUCCUAUCUUAGAAAUUCGAAGUCGAGAAAUCAGAUGCAAAAUAGAGGAGCGGCAUUAUUUGUGGAAUGACCUGAUAUCCUUCGUUCGAUCGAAUUAAACAGAACAGAAUUCUCGUCUUCGUGGAGUCGUAGAAUUAGAACAGUGGUCGUAGAGGCCUCGCUUGUUCCACGGUAGCUCUUAGAGGAUGCACAAGCUAGCCAAGGGCCUGAAGAAGAAGAAAAAGCCGAAGAAGGGCAAGAAGGGGGCAGAGGAGGACGAGUUCGACCCGGAGGAGCUCGAGCGUUACAGGCGCGAGCGGGCGGAAGCCCAGCAGAAAGCCGAGCAAUCCGGCGAGCAGGCCAGCAACGCCAGCUCCGACGAGUGGAAGAAAUUCGAGGCGUUGACGGCCGGAGUCGACUCGAUCCUCAAGAAGACACAGGGAGAUCUCGAUCGUAUAAAAUCCACCUCCUUCUUCCAACGGAAGCCGCCGCUAGAAAACGAAAAGAAAGAGGAAGAAGAGGAGGACCAGGAAGAUCCUGGUAAAAAGUUUUCUUCGAAGAAGUGGGUAGGUUUCGACGAGGAAGGUAAUCCUAUCGAAGGUGAACCACCGGACUUCGAGGGAAAGGGAAAAAAGAAAGAAGACAAGCCUCUGGUUAACGAGGACGGUCUCGUCGAACUUCCUGACGACGAGGAUGAACACGAAGACUCCGCCGACGAAGACGUAUUCGAUACAACCUACGUUGACGUUCUGCAGAAUAUCGACGUUCAACUAGCUUACAUUCCCGACAGUCCAACCGAAGAGGAGGCCGGCGACGACCCGUUCGACACUACAAACGCGGACAAAGUAUUAAAAACAGUAGAUAAGAAGGGGAACAGAUUGGUCAGUUUAGGGAACGCGGUAGAGGUCCUCUCCGGAAGAGUCGAUUACGUGAGUUCGUGCAAGAUCACGAGAGGCAGGCGGCCUAGACUGCAACAAGAUUUAUUAUUGGAUGACUUCGAGGAAUCUGAGCAACUUGCGGAGAGUAGCAGCCUAGUCGCGGAGCCUGUGGACGCGACUAAGACUUUGCUGGACGACGACAGCGACCUUCCUGAUAUUCCUGUCGAUCUUACGAAGCUUCCUCCGGUUCUACCAAGGCCAGUCAGCCCGGCUGUGCAUCAAGAGAACGUUGCGGAGAACAAAUCGUCUAACGGACCUUUGGAUAUUUCUGAGUUCGAAAUAUUGAAAGAGAAAACGAUCUUAGAGGAGAUUCCUGACUUGGACGACGCAGAGUUCGAUUUAGACGCAGCGCCAGAUGAGCCGGUACGUCUCGAGGAGGCUGACGAUCCUUUCAAAACUAAGGAACCGGCGGCUGUAGACUUUCAAGCCGAGAUAAUAGAAGCAAGCUUCGAGGCAGCUACUUUCGUCGACGAAGAAGAUCCGUUCGACACUACUUUCGCCGAGAAUAUCCUUCCUGGUAAGACAGAGUUAAAGUUCAUCGAGAAAGAACUAGAGGAACUUCCUGUUUCAGAGGUGACGAUAUCCUUGACCGAUCCAGCUGGAUUGAACAGAGACUAUGAGACAGGUUUGCUGAAAGAAGAGCUCAGAGCAAAGGCCAGUAAUUUGCAAGCUAAGAAGGAUCUUCUAGGAGGAUCUACAACCGAUCUGAGUCAACUUGCGGACGAACCUAUAGCUCCGGUAGAAGAUCUCAGCUACGUAGACCCUUUCGACACCUCUGCUAUCAAAGAAAUUCCUCCUGGAAAGACAGAGUUGAAGUUCCUCGAGAAAGAGUUGCUUGGUGAACAACCUAAUCUUUCUAAUUCUCUGGACGACGACGAUUUCGAUCCAAGAAAGGACGAGCAGCAGCCAGCUGUUCCGGUUGACAUUACUGUAUCCAAGCUACCGCCAAGGCCUCCUCUUCCAACAGCACCUGUUAAACCAAUCUUUCAGGUUGAAUUCGAAGAAGAAGAAGAUACUGGCGAGGUUGGCGACCGUGGACGAAGAUCUUCGAGGCCAGAGGUGCUAGAACUAGCACCUUCGAAGACCGUUGCUUUCGAACUGCCUACACCAUCCAAACGUCCAGACCUACUGACAACCACCGAAGAAGAGAAAGCUCUACCUUCGAAACCUCUGACACCUUAUUAUUCUCAGAAAUCUAUCGACGACUUGUUACCUAUACAGGAGGAGGAACCUGAUGUGGAUCCUUUCGAUACCAGUUUCGUGGCCAAGGUAGCUCCCGGGAAGACAGAAUUGAAGUUGAUCGAGUCAGAAUUGUUGAAACAGGAGUCAAAGUUACCUCAUAGCCUGAGCGACCACGAUUUUGAUCCGCGAGCCGAAGGGGAACCUGUAAGAAGACAGAGCGAUUUCACAGCUAGUUCUAUCAGGCCGAACAACUUGAAAAUCGCCGAGCUUCAGGACUCUGUGUUGAAGAAGUUCGAGGAACAGAGGAAACCGAAACUGCAGCAGAGGCAGGAGAGUUUGCUGGACGAGAAGAUCGAGGUGGACGCGAAGCCUCUGACGCCAAGAAUCGAGUCGAAGCCCAUCGAAGAAGAAGAAGAGAUUUCCUACAACGAUCCUUUCGACACUUCUAUCGCCACUAAUAUUCUUCCUGGUAAAGCGGAGCUGAAGAUUCUCGAAAGCGAACUGCAGCAAAUUCCUGGAGAGCUGCCCGUUCGUCCUGUUCCUAUCGCAUUCACAGCGAUCAUUAAAACUAGCAUUCCGGAGGUUGAUCCUGACUUUGAUCCCAGAGCCGAGGAAAAGAAGGAAACAGCAGAUUAUUUGUGCAUCGACGACCAAGAUCCUGGAGCCAAAGUACUUACUCCUUUGCAGAACGACGACUUCGGUUUAGGAGAGGACGUGGAUCCUUUCGACACCAGUUUCGCUACCUUGGGGCCAGGAAAAACUGAACUGAAGAUACUCGAAUCUGAAUUAAUGCAGAAAUAGAAGAU